AUGUGCAUUUGCACCCAACACUUACCGGAGACCUCGCCCACACUGAUGUGGACGGGGAAGGUUGGCGAUGCGUCGCGUUUCCGGGUCUGGGGUGCUCGUGCCUUUGUCCGCGAUACCACCGCGGACAAGCUCUCCGCCCGCGCUGUUCCUUGUGUCUUUCUUGGCUAUUCCCCUGACGCGCCUGGUUGGCAGUUUUACCACCCCACCUCGCGCCGUGUCUUUGCGUCUCAGGACGUCACGUUCGACAAGUCGGUUCCCUUUUACCGUCUCUUCCCCUACCGCACUGCCCCUCUCCCCCCCCCGCCGCUCUUUCUCGCUCCAGGUGCUCCCCAAGUAGACCCCCUCCCUGCUCCCAGUCCUGCUCCUUCAGGUGUGUCUCAGGUUGACCCUCCUCCCUUGACUGAGCCGGUUGAGGUCACUGGUGACUCGGGUCCUGCUGGGGGUGGUCCUGCUCGGGGUGCUACUUCUGGGGGUGCUGAGCCUGGGGGUGCGGAGCUUGGGGGUGCUGAGCCUGGGGGUUCGGAGCCUGGGGGUGCUGAGCCUGGGGGUGCGGAGCCUGAGGGUGCCGAGCCUGGAGGUGCUAAGCCUGAGUGUGAGGAUUCUGGGGUGCUGAGCCUGGGGUCCGCUGGUGCCUCGCCGCUGCACUCUCGUCGCCUACUUCCUCUCUCCCCACAGCAGCUGCGUGAGUGGUACGUUGGCCGUCAGGGUCGCGCUGCUGGAGCUGGGGGCCCUGCUGCUGGGGGCACUGGAGCUUGUGACUCUCCUACUAGAGUUGUUUCUGCUGGAGGUUCUGGAGCUGCUGAGGGUGCUGGCGCUGGAGGUUCUGGAGCUACUGGAGGUGCUGGCGCUGAGGGUGCAGGCACUGGAGGUUCUGGAGCUAUUGGGGGUGCUGGCGCUGGAGGUUCUGGAGCUGCUGGAGGUGCUGCUGCUGGUGGCGCUGGAGCUGGAGGUUCUGGAGCUGCUGAGGGUGCUGGCGCUGGAGGUUCUGGAGCUACUGGAGGUGCUGGCGCUGGUGGCGCUGGAGCUGGAGGUUUUGGAGCUGCUGAGGGUGCUGGCGCUGAAGGUUCUGGAGCUACUUGCGGAGAUAACUACUACAACGGGAGCUAG